AUGUCUCGUAAUAUGAUCCCUCAGGAGAUCAGACACGGCGGCAAUAAUGCUCCUCGAGAUUCUCUAGAACUUGCUUCCCUUGCCUCUUCAUCUCCAGAGCCAAUUGGCAGGUCCUCCGAAUCGUUUUCUUUCGACGCCGCAUCAUCGCGAAAGCUCUCUCUCGACGAAGAAGAUCCAAUCUCGAAUACCCUUCCGAGAUCAGCGCGAUCAGACUCCAUAACCUCUGCUUUCGAUUUCGGAAGAACCCUGUUUCCUCUAUCUCAGACCGCUGGUGGUUACGCACCUCUGGGGGCUCCGUCUAUCCACUCCUUAGAUCGACAAGUUGGCGCAGUCGACGGGUCAUUGGAACGAAAUAAGACCCUGACAUACUUGAACGGAUUGUCCCUCAUUAUCAGCUUGAUCAUCGGCUCUGGGAUAUUUUCCUCGCCAAGCCAAGUUAACGCCAAUGUGGGGUCGCCAGGUGCAUCGCUCAUUAUAUGGGCCGUUGCGGGUUUGCUUGCCUGGACGGGGGCCGCCAGCUAUGCGGAACUAGGAGGUGCUAUUCCUCUGAAUGGUGGAGCGCAAGUUUAUCUAUCUAAGAUCUUUGGAGAAUUGCUUGGAUUCCUGUUUACGUGGUGCGCUGUGCUGGUGCUCAAGCCAGGCUCUGCAGCAAUCAUUGCCAUUAUAUUCGGUGAAUACGCCGUUCGGGCCGUUGUUGGAGCUGAUGCUGAAUCUGUCAAUCCUUGGAUUAACAAGGGCGUGGGCCUUGGCGGACUUGUCAUUGUUACUCUGCUGAAUUGCAUUUCAACGAAAGUUGCAACACGGAUUGGCGAUAUCUUCAUGUUUUUCAAGUUUGUUGCAUUGCUUGGAGUGACCGUCACAGGCGUUGUGGUUGCUAUAACGGGCCUCUCGUCCAGGGGCACUGCCAACCGGGAGUGGAAAGAAAGAGGCUGGUUCGAAGGAACCAGCACUGAUAUAUCAGCUUGGGCAGUUGCUUUGUAUGCUGGACUUUGGGCGUAUGAAGGCUGGGAUAACACGAACUAUGUGGCUGGCGAAUUCAAGAGGCCAAGCCGAGAUCUCCCUCGGGUUAUCCACACGGCUAUGCCUAUAGUGAUAGCUUGCUAUUUGCUCACCAAUGUCUCUUACUUCUUUGUUCUACCUUAUUCGACUAUUGAAUCAAGUAACACCGUGGCUGUUCAGUUUGGUGGCAAGGUAUUUGGUCCAGUUGGGGCAUUAUUACUUGCAUUGGUGGUCUCUGCAAGCUGUUUGGGGGCCCUCAACGCGACAAUAUUCACCAGCGGCAGAUUGGUUUACGCUGCUGGCAAAGAGGGAUACCUGCCCCUUAUGUUUGGCAACCUCGGAUUCCGUAACUCUGCAGAUAGAACGAGCGGUGGUCGGUUACGGCGUCGAUCCUGGCUUCUCAGGUCCCUUACUCGCGUAUUCGGUGAUAACUCCCAGAUUGGAUACACGCCCAUCAAUGCGAUUAUACUCAAUAGCGCUCUCACGGUUAUUUACAUUAUAGUCGGUGAGUUUGGAACAUUGAUUACAUUCUACGGAGUGGCAGGGUAUGUCUUCUACUUUCUCACGGUGCUCGGCUUGAUCGUGCUGCGGAUUCGAGAACCGCAUCUGGAACGGUUGUACAAGACGUGGAUUACGACACCCAUUAUCUUCUGCUGCGUCAGUCUUUUCCUGCUCAGCCGUGCAGUUAUCGCAGAGCCCCUUCAGUCUUUGAUCGUCGCGGGCUUUAUCGUCGUCGGGAUCCCCGUUUAUUUCUGGCGCAUAUACCAGCGGGAUGGCAAAAUCAAGGUCUCCGGGUGGAGAUUCUGGAAAUCGGCCUGA